AUGUCCAAACCAGCAGGAGGCGGUGUCAAUGAUGUCACCCACUUCCUCUCCACGGGGGCGGGGCCUAAUUCCCCCAACUCUGUCUUCUCGGCUGCCAGCCAAGCUGAUUGGGCAGCCAAGAGGCUCGUCUGGGUCCCGUCAGAGAAACACGGUUUUGAGUCUGCGAGCGUACGGGAGGAGAAGGGCGAUGAGGUGGAGGUGGAGCUUACAGACAGCGGGCGGAAAGUGACUCUGAAGAGGGAGGAGCUACAGCGCAUGAACCCGCCCCGUUUCAGUAAAGUAGAGGACAUGGCUGACCUCACCUGCCUCAACGAGGCUUCAGUCCUGCAUAACCUCAGAGAGAGAUACUACUCCGGACUCAUCUACACAUACUCAGGUCUGUUCUGCGUGGUCAUCAACCCUUACAAGAACCUGCCCAUCUACACAGAGUCCAUCGUGGAGAUGUACCGCGGGAAAAAACGCCACGAGAUGCCGCCGCAUAUUUACGCCAUAUCCGAGGCAGCCUAUAGGAGCAUGCUACAAGACAGAGAAGAUCAGUCGAUUCUUUGCACGGGGGAAUCCGGGGCAGGAAAGACAGAGAACACUAAGAAAGUGAUUCAGUAUCUGGCUUAUGUGGCCUCUUCACACAAGACAAGCACCUUGGGCCGCAAGGAAGCUGCCUUACAGAUGGAUGGCACCAGGUCCCUGGGCCGUGGCAGUGGUAUGGUGAACAGGAUUGUUCAGUAUGGGGAGCUUGAGAGACAGCUACUGCAGGCUAACCCCAUUCUGGAAGCUUUCGGAAAUGCCAAGACAGUGAAGAACGACAAUUCCUCCAGAUUUGGUAAAUUCAUCCGGAUUAAUUUUGACGUUGCCGGGUACAUCGUUGGUGCUAACAUUGAGACUUACCUUUUGGAGAAGUCUCGGGCCAUCCGGCAGGCUAAAGAUGAAAGAACCUUCCACAUCUUCUACCAAAUGCUGUGUGGAGCGUCAGAGGCCAUGAGAGGUGACCUGCUGUUGGGCAGUGCAGAUCAGUACAGAUUCCUGUCUGGCGGUUCUAUCAUGGUUCCGGGUCAGAGCGAUUCAGAGAACUUCACCCAGACCAUGGAUUCGAUGAACAUCAUGGGCUUCAGUCCAGAGGAAAGCACCUCCAUGUUGAAGGUGAUAUCGGCCGUGUUGCAGUUUGGGAAUAUCUCCUUUCAGAAGGAGAAGAACACAGACCAGGCCUCCAUGCCAGACGACACGGCAGCGCAGAAACUCUGCCACCUGCUGGGCAUCAACGUUCUGGAGUUCAGCCGCGCCAUUCUCACGCCGCGCAUCAAAGUGGGCAGGGAAUACGUCCAAAAGGCCCAGACCAAAGAGCAGGCUGAUUUUGCAGUCGAGGCUUUGGCGAAGGCGACAUACGAGCGUUUGUUCCGUUGGCUGGUUCAUCGGAUAAACCGAGCACUCGACCGACGUCAGCGCCAGGGAGCGUCCUUCAUCGGAAUCCUGGACAUUGCCGGCUUUGAGAUCUUCCAGCUGAACUCGUUUGAGCAGUUGUGUAUUAAUUACACUAACGAGAAGCUGCAGCAGCUGUUCAAUCACACCAUGUUCAUCCUGGAGCAGGAGGAGUACCAGCGCGAGGGCAUCGAGUGGAACUUCAUCGACUUCGGCCUGGACCUGCAGCCCUGCAUCGACCUCAUCGAGAGACCGGCCAACCCCCCGGGCGUGUUGGCAUUGUUGGACGAGGAAUGCUGGUUUCCGCGGGCGACGGAUCGCUCGUUCGUGGAUAAAGUGUCGGCUGAGCAGGGCUCACACUCCAAAUUCCACCGUCCCCGCCAAGUCCGCCAGGAGGCCGACUUCUCCAUCAUCCACUACGCUGGCAAGGUGAACUAUAAAGCUGAGGGUUGGUUGGUGAAGAACAUGGAUCCGCUGAACGACAACGUGGCGUCUCUUCUCCACCAGUCCUCUGAUCAUUUCAUCUCAGAGCUGUGGAGAGAAGACAUUCAGACCCUUCCUCGUGUUUACUUUUUUGAUUCCUAUGCCACACUACAGACCAAUGGCUCUGACAUGGAGCGGACCGCAGGACUGGAUCAGGUCGGGGAGAGCGGCGGAGGCGUCAGUUUCGGAGCGGCGGGUCUGAAGACGAAGAAGGGAAUGUUCCGGACGGUGGGACAGCUGUAUAAGGAGUCGCUGACCAAACUCAUGGCCACGCUGAGAAACACCAACCCCAACUUCCUCCGCUGCAUCAUCCCCAACCACGAGAAAAGGGCUGGGAAGUUGAGCCCACACCUGGUCCUGGAUCAGCUGAGGUGUAACGGAGUUCUGGAGGGAAUCAGAAUCUGUCGACAGGGCUUCCCCAACCGCAUCCCCUUCCAGGAGUUCAGACAGAGGUACGAGAUUCUGACUCCAAAUGCUAUUCCUCGUACUUUCAUGGAUGGGAAACAGGCCUGUGAGCUCAUGAUCAGUGCUCUGGAGCUGGAUAAGAACCUUUUCCGGAUCGGCCAGAGUAAAGUGUUUUUCCGGGCCGGAGUUCUGGCUCACCUGGAGGAGGAGAGAGACCUGAAAAUCACAGACACCAUCAUCCGCUUCCAAAGCGUCGCCCGCGGAUACCUAGCCAGGAGGGCUUUCCUAAAGAAGCAGCAGCAGUUGAGUGCCCUGAGAGUGAUGCAGAGAAACUGUGCUGCUUACCUCAAACUCAGGAACUGGCAGUGGUGGAGACUCUUCACCAAGGUGAAGCCCCUGCUGCAGGUGACCCGCCAGGACGAGGAGAUCCAGGUGCGGGAGGCGGCGCUACAGAAAGCCAAAGACAAGCUCAGCAAGGUGGAGCAAGACUACACGGAGCUGGAUCGCAAACACCAACAGCUGAUGGAGGAGAAGGCGGUGCUUGCCGACCAGCUGCAGGCGGAGGCGGAGCUGUUUGCGGAGGCCGAGGAGAUCAGAGCGCGACUGGCCAAUCGGAAACAGGAACUGGAGGACGUGCUGAGCGAGCUGGAAGGCCGACUGGAGGAGGAGGAAGAGAGGGGCGUGCAGCUGGCCAAUGAGAAGAAGCGACUUCAGCAGAACGUGCAGGAUCUGGAGGAGCAGUUGGAGGAGGAGGAAGGGGCUCGUCAGCGCCUCCUGCUGGAGAAAGUUACACUGGAAACCAAAGUGAAGAGUCUGGAGGCCGAGACCUUAAACCUUACAGAACAGAGAGACCGACUUAGUAAGGAGAAGAAACAGUUAGAGGACAGGCUGAGUGAAGUGACGGAUCAGCUGACGGAGGAAGAGGAGAAAGUGAAGAGUCUCAACAAGCUGAAGAACAAGCAGGAAGCUGUCAUCGCCGACCUGGAGGAGCGUCUGAAGCGAGAGGAGCAGGUGCGUCUGGAGCAGGAGAAGUGGAAGAGGAGGAUGGAGAACGAGUCUGUGGAGGCGCAGGAGCAGCUGACUGAUAUGAGCAUGCUCAGUACAGAGCUGAAAAGCAGCCUGGCCCAAAAAGAGAAAGAGAUCACUUCUCUACAGACACGGCUGGAGGAGGAGGGUGCUCGUCGGGCGGAGGCUCAGAGGGCUCUGCGGGAGGUGACCUCUCAGGUGUCGGAGCUGAAGGAGGAGUUGGAUAAUGAACGAGGGAUGAGGGAGAGAGCGGAGAAACAGAGGAGAGAUCUGGGGGAGGAACUGGAGGCUCUGAGAACUGAACUGGAAGAUACACUGGACACCACAGCUGCUCAGCAGGAGCUCAGGUCCCGGCGUGAGGCAGAGCUGAGUGACCUCCAGCGGUGUGUUGAGGAGGAGACGCGUCGUCAUGAAUCCCAGCUGUCAGAACUACGGCUCAAACACAGCACGGCCAUCGACACACUGCAGGAACAACUCGACAGUGCCAAGAGAGCUCGUCAGUCUCUGGAGAAAACCAAGCUGGCUCUGGAGGAGGAGAGGGAGAACCUGAUGGGUGAACUGAAGGCGUUGCAGGGGGGAAAGAUGGAGAGUGAGAGAGGGAAAAAGAGAGCGGAGAACCAGCUCCAGGAACUCAACGCUCGCCUGGCUCAGGCCAACCGAGAGAGAGAGGAGAGGGACGAGAAGAUACACAAACUACAGUCUGAGAUAGAGAAUCUGUCUAGCGCUCUUUCAGAUGCUGAAUCCAAAUCUCUCCGUCUGAGUAAAGAGGUCAGCAGUCUGGAGAGUCAACUGCAUGACGCUCAGGAGCUUCUGCAGGAUGAGACGAGGCAGAAACUGGCCCUGGGCUCCCGCGUCCGCGGCCUGGAGGAUGAGAAAGCAGGACUGAUGGAAAAACUGGAUGAGGAGGAGGAGAAAACAAGAGAGCUGACCAGACAGAUACAGACAUACACACAGCAGCUGGCUGAUCUGAAGAAGCAGACAGAGGAGGUGAACUCGGCAGUGGAGGUAGGAGAAGAGUGUAAGAGGAAGUUGCAGAGGGAGCUGGAGAGCACGCUCCAGAGAGAGAGAACCAAGGAGGAGGAGAGAGAGCGAGCGGAGCGACAGAAGGAGCGUCUGAGAGAAGAGAUAGAGGACAUGACCAUCGCUCUGCAGAGAGAGAGACAGAACUGCAGCGCCCUGGAGAAACGACAGAAGAAAUUCGAUCAGAGCCUGGCGGAGGAGAAGGCCAUCAGCGCCCGUUUGGCGGAGGAGAGGGACCGGGCGGAGGCGGAGAGCCGGGAGAAGGAGACGCGGUUCCUGUCUCUGUCGCGGGCGCUCCAGGAGGCCACGGAGCAGAGGGACGAGCUGGAGAGGACCAAUAAACAGCUGCGGCUGGACAUGGAACAGCUGGUCAACACCCAGGACGACGUGGGCAAAAACGUGCACGAGCUGGAGCGCUCCCGGCGUACGUUGGAGAGCGAGGUGCAGUCCCUGAGGGAGCAGACGCAGGAGCUGGAGGAGGAGCUGGGUGAGGCGGAGAACGCCAGACUGAGGCUGGAGGUCACGCUGCAGGCCCUGCGCGCUCAGUUCGAACGGGAGAUGAGCUCCAAGGAGGAGAAAGGAGAGGAGAAGAGGAGAGCGCUGAGCAAACAGGUGAGAGAGUUGGAGACUCUGUUGGAGGAGGAGAAGACUCAGAGAGCCCAGGCGCUGUCCGUCAAAAAACAGUUGGAGGCGGACCUACAGGAGGCGGAGGCCCAGGUGGAAGCAGCCAAUCGGGCCAGGGAGGACUCAUUUAAACAAAUGAAACGUCUUCAGGCCCAGCUGAAGGAGACGUUGAGGGAACUGGACGAGACCAAACUGGCGCGAGACGAAAUCAUGGCCCAUUCCAAAGACACGGACAAGAGACUGCAGAUACUGGAGGCAGAAGUCUUACAGCUUACUGAGGAACUGGCUGUGUCUGAGAGGCUGAAGAGACAGGCUCAGCAGGAGAGGGAUGAAAUGGCCGAUGAGAUGAUCAACAGCUCCACUGGGAGAUCUGCCCUGUCUGACGAGAAGAGGCGAUUGGAGGCUAAGAUUUCUCAGUUGGAGGAGGAUCUGGAGGAGGAACAGACCAAUGCUGAGCUGUUGGCAGAGAGACAGAGGAAGAUCCAGCUACAGGUGGACACGCUGACGGUGCAGUUGGCGGGCGAGAGGACGCUAGCUCAGAAGAGCGAGUCGGCGCGGGAGAGCUUGGAACGGCAGAACAAAGACCUGAAGGCCAGACUAGCGGAGAUGGAGGGAGCGGUCAGGGGAAAACACCGGCUCAGUGUCGCCGCCCUGGAGGCCAAGAUCGAAAGCAUGGAGGAACAGCUGGAGCAAGAGAGACAGGAACGAACGGUCGCCAACAAGAUGGUGAGGAAGGCGGAGAAGAAACUGAAGGAGGUGAUGCUCCAGGUGGAGGAUGAGAGGAGACACGCAGACCAGUACAGAGACCAGCUGGAUAAGUCCACAAGUCGUAUGCGUCAGCUGAAGAGACAGUUGGAGGAGACAGAGGAGGAGAACUCUCGCUCUAACGCUCAGCGGAGGAAACUGCAGAGAGAGCUGGAGGAGAUGACAGACAGCAUGCAAACACUAACCCGCGAAGUCAACGCACUCCGCAGUCAGCUCAGCCUCCCAGAAUGGAAGCCUGAAAUACGUGCUCCGCUCCCCCUCUCCAUGCGUUCCAGUCGUCGGGCUCUGGUGGAUGACCUCUCGCAGGAGAAUUCGGAUUCUGAAGGGCCGCCUCCUUCCCCCACCCCCUCCAGCGGCCCCCCCGGAACCCCCACCCCCUCAGACAACUCCCUUGGCCCCCCACCCCCAUACAGCCUCAAUGAGCAUGAAUAA